GUCCUUUGACACGUUAACAAAGUUUCUUUUCUAUAUGGAUCUAUACCGUACACAACAAAGCGGUCAAACGUCUACGUAUAUGCGACGUUGUUAAGAGGCGUUUACACAAAGAGGUGUGCUUUUUCAGUGAUUUCAGGCUGUUAGAAGCAGAGAUUUCUAACAGGAUGUGCCAAAGAAUACGCAAGCAUGUGUCAUGCAGUUUGGCUUUAUGUUCGAUGAAAGGUUACGUUUGAUCCCCGUUUUUUGGAAAUUCUGUUGGACGACGUUCGUUUGCCAUCUUUUUCUUUGAAAUUUUGCUCGGGAAAUCGGGGUGCGUCCGCCCAAAACUUGAUCGUUCAGCGUAUGCCUGUCGUUAAACCGCUGAGUCACAGUAGGAGAGCAUGACUAGAGCCAGUCUUAGCCGGUGCGUUUCUCAAGCGCGCGCUUUAUACAUUAUAUGACGUCAUAAAGAAGUGUACUACUUCGAGAGAAGUGCGAGAAGAUGCAAGCGAGAGGCAAUUUAGACUCAGAUUCCCCAUCUGACAAUAUAAGCAAGUUUAAAGUUGUUGUUUUGGGUGAUCAAGGUGUGGGAAAGUCAGCUUUAGUGUGGAAGUUUGUUUAUAAAGGAUAUGAAGAUAAAUAUCUGCCGACGAUUGGAAUUGAUUUUUUCACAAAGAUAUGCUAUCUAGAUGGAAUUGCUGUCCGUCUACAAAUCUGGGAUACCGCUGGUCAAGAGCGUUUCCGUUGUCUCAUACCUUCUUAUCUCCGUGACUGUCACGUUGUCCUGGUUUGUUUUGAUGUGACAAAUUGCUGCUCAUUGGACAAUGUCCCCGAGUGGAUCGAGCUAGCACUGAAAGAAAAGUUUGGUCACACAGAUGAUUCGUUGAUUAUUCUGGUGGGAAAUAAAGUGGAUGACAAAACUAAUCGGCAGAUUUCUUACGACUGUGCCAGUUCUGUUGCGGAAGUAUUUCGAGUUCCCUACGUGGAGACUAGCGCUCUUACGGGAUAUAAUGUCGAGCUGUUGUUUAGGAAGAUAGCCAAAGAAAUGUUUGUCAAAGACCUGGAACGGAGGCAAAGAGGAAUCAGAUCUAGAGACCGUGAUCUGGAUGUUGUCGAGGAAAGAGUAUAUGUAGACAGGGGUGUGAUAAAUCUUCAAACUACGUAUGCAGAAGAGCAGAAGACAGCUAUUCCGAAGAAACGUCGAUCGUGCAAAUGUAGUUAAGAUUCGUAAAUUGCUGUAUACUAUGCCCAA